AUGGUUUCAUUGCCCAUUAUCAACGAGUCUACCAGAGACUCUCGUCCUGCCCGUGAUAACUUGGUUUUAUUAAUUUCAGCAUCUACCACUCUGUCACCAAACAGCACAUCACCACCAGAUGUGUGUAACAAAUACAACGUCCUAAACGGAGGAGAUCGCGCUCAAGGGAGCGCAUCGCAGGACAAUGCUAAAUGCGAUAAUAAGCUGGAUCCAGGAUGGUACCGUUUCCAAGGUGCUGCCGGGGAUCGGAUACCUGAUAAAUGUGUUCCUAAGGACCACUGUGGUACUCAUGCUCCAGGCUGGUUGCAGGGAAAUCACCCCACAGUCGCCGAAGGUGUGGUGACUGGUAAAGUCUGUUAUCACUUUAAAGACAACUGCUGUCUUUGGAGUAACAAUAUCAGUGUGAAGAACUGUGGUGAAUACUUCGUGUACCAGUUAAGGGAGUCGCCUGGUUGCAAAUUGCGGUAUUGUGGUAACGGAGGCGCAGCAACAACAGUGUCGAACCUGUCACCAACCACCACACUGCCACGAACUACCGUGCCACCACCACGAGCUCUUGAGAUGGUCAAUGAAUGUCAAUCAUCUGACCUCAACAAGUGCCACGAGAAAGCGAAUUGUACCAAAACACCUGACUCAUAUAAGUGUACUUGUCUGAAUGGUUAUUUUGGGAAUGGAACU